AACACCAUCAUCCAAGCGCGACAUCACAUUCUCAACAUGUUGCGACCUUCCUUCGCGAGUUUGGCGCGGUCCCUUCAGACCUCGCUGGCACUGGGCUCUUCAGCUGCCAGCAAAGGAGUGACCGCGUACACUGCGCCGGUCCGAAUGAACUCUACCUUCUCGCCCCUCAGGCACGCGUUCCAGCAACAGAAAGCCCAAGCGUCCCAGUCACUUUUGCGACUGCACUCAGGCGUGAGACUGUCUUCACCGAAUAGCGUCGGCCAGCAGAUUCGCGGUGUUCGAACCUCACCUUUCAGACCUCAGGGUGGCGCAGGCGACAAGAUCAAAGCGUUUUCGCUGCCCCAUCAAGCUCCUAGCGGUCCGCGAUCCAUGGGAGAGCCAGGAGCAUGGGCUAGACUUCUGAGCUCUGGCGGUCUCAUCGUGGGUGGUGCAGUAGCAGUGCACUGGCUAAUGAACCGAGAGACACGCGACGCGCCCUUCAGCGAGUUCGUUUCCAACUACGUCCACUCCACGUUCGGCUGGCUAGCUACAGGUCUCGCAAUGACGGGUGGCGGUGCUUUCCUGUUGCAUCGUAUGGGAGCCAGUCGAUCUCUUAUGGCCGCCAAUCCUUGGCUGGUCAUGGGAGCCGGACUGGUUUGCUCCAUCGGCGGCAUGAUCGGGGCUCAGACUUUGCCACCUGGUAGCCCUGGAAAGAUGGCCAGCUACGUGCUCUUCAACGCUGCGCAAGCUGCCGUGCUCUCUCCGCUCUUCUUCUUUGCGCCUGCAGUGCUUUCUCGCGCUGCUCUUUAUACCGCUGGUAUUGUUGGAUCGUGCUGCUGGGUCGGCAUGACCGCAAAGGAUGGACAGUACCUGUGGCUCGGCACGCCAUUGCUCAUUGGUGUGUCCAUCGUGGCGCUCUCGUCAAUCGCGCCUCUCGUUCUGCCAGCGACGGCUUUCCGAGCUCUCGCAGUGACCGAAGCCUUGUCGAUCUACGGAGGACUUGGUGUCUUCUCACUCUUCCUCAUUUAUGACUCUCAGUCGAUUGUCAGGAAAGCUCAGAUGGCUCAAGCAGGAAUGAUCCCUGCCGACCCUCUCCGAGACAGCAUCGGAUUGGAGUUGGACGCUAUCAACAUCUUCGUCAGGCUCGUCACUAUUCUGGGCGGACAGCAGCGAAAGCGAUGAGCACUUUCGAUGGUCCUGACUCAGUGUGUACAAGACUACCGUCAAUGAGGCAAUGCUCCAGAUUUAUCACCACUUCGACACGUGAAGUGAGCGCCGAAGUCCAAAUCGGUCCCAAUGCUAUGGACACGACAGGCGAGCAAUUGAAAGUGAUGCGUGCUAUUCUCAUAAAACUUGUGCUAUCUGCCAAGGGCUUGAUAGUCGAGUUGCAGACCUAACUUCUUCGUGACGCGCGCGGGCAGCGCAUACACUGGGUCGAUUUCCUGCAGCAACGAGCAUUCAU